AUGAGCGGUCUAGAAACCCCAGAGGCAGCACCGCCUACAGAAGCAGAGUCAACUGCUGAAGCCGCUGAAACCUCAGGUGAAGCUGCAAAUGAAGAAGCCCAAGAGGCAGUCACUGCCGAUGAGCCUGCGCCGAACGCCGAGGGCGAAGCAGCUCCAGAUGGAACCCCUGAGGAGCCUCCUACGGAAGGUUCAGAGCCCGAAAAGGCCGAUGAAACCCCUGCCCCCGCCACAGAUGAUAGUGGACCCAAGAGCGGCGAUGACGGUGGAAACAAUGGUAAGAUAACGCCUAUAGAUUAUCGCUUACUUCUUUUACUCCGAGAAGCUCAUAACGAUACAGACGAAGAUUUUCCAGAAUGUGACCCUGAGGCUGGACACGAUGGUGUAGAAUCCGAGAAAGAGGAAGCUGCAAAGCAAGCAGCCGAGGACGCCCAGGCCGAAGAGGCUUUAGCCGAAGCAGAUGACGACAGCAAGAAAGAUGCAACUGCCGACAACCCUCCAGCCGAAAGUAAAGCCGAAGAGCCUGCCGUUGAAGGCGAAGCACCAGCGGCUGAUGAAGCACCUCUUGCUGAAAAGCCAGAGGAUGCAGGCGAUGCAGCAACCCCGUCUGAGGAAUCCGCUGCAGCUGAAGCUUCCACACCUGCAGAGGGGGCAUCUGAAGAAUUGCCUGCUGAAGGUCAACCAGAGGAGCCAGCACCUGCCGAGCCCGAGCAACCCCCUGAAGACCCGGUUCCUGCCCCCAAAGAGAAGCAAGAGGAGGAGCCUGCGGGAAAGUCUUCUAAGAAAACCAAGAAGAAAGAAAAGAAGAAGAAGAAAAAGACAGCUGAAUCAGCAAAAGCGCCGGAACCUGCGCCAGCUCCUAUCGAGUCAACGCCCGAGCCCGAAACUGAAGCCGGCAAGUCUGCUUCGGAUGAUACACCCGCUCGAGAGGAAACCAUCGAGGAUGCAGCCACAGCAGCAACAGAUGGACCCCCUCAGCCUCCUGCUGAACAGGAGGAAGCCCCGGUUGAAUCUGAAAGUCCCCCAGAAGAUGCUUCAGCUGAAGACCCGACUGUCCCAGAAGACUCGCCAGAUGCCGGAGCAGAUACCGCAACAGCAGAUCCGCCUGUCGAGCCAGCGAUAGAGAAAUCGACAGGGGAUAGUUCUGCUGCGGAUCCAGAGCCGGAGUCUCAGGAAGAGGCAUCUUUGGAGGAAGAAAAGAAAGAGCCAGCCCCGGAAGACGUCACUACAGAGCUAGCAACAGAACAACCGGCCGAGGAACCAGCUGCAGAGCCUGCCCCAGAAGCACACCCCGAGGAGACAACUCCUGUCGACGAUGCCAACGAGACAGCACCUCCAGAAGAGUAUCCUCAAGAGCUUCCGGCUGAGACAGUGUCCAAGGAAGUGCUCGCUCAGGAUUCUACUCCUGAAAUCGAUGGUGCGAACGAUCCCAAGAGUGAAGAGGUAUCCAACGAGGCCCCCGUAGAGGCUGCCACGGUAGAAGAUACGGCUCCUGUCGAUGAAACACCCGAAGCAACAACGGAAACUCCUGCCGAGAAGCCCGUGGAGGAAGUAGUGGAUGAAGUUGUACCGGAAGAACAUGCUGUUCCAGAGGAACCUGCGCCGGAGCCACCAGCACCUGAAGAAUCCGCCUCCGUUGAAGCGCCUACAGAUGAUACUCCUGUUGAAGCAGAGAGUGUCGAGGACUCUUCUGCAAGGGAACUACCAGUUGAUGAAGCUCCUACAGAGGAGGCCACUGCGGAAGAAUCUCCAGUUGAAGCAGCUCAGGCCGAGGAACCUGUUGUUCAGCAACCUUCUGGUGUCGCUGCAGAGCCCGUGGAGGAUACGUCAGCACCUGCAGAUGAAGUGCCUGCGGCUCCCCAGGAACUGGCGCCUUCAGAUCCUAUUCCAAAAUCCCCCGCUGAAGAGCCUGCGCCUGCCGAGCCAGAAGCUCCUGAGCAUGUCUCUGAGGAAUCUAUGGAACAAACUGUACCAUCAGAAGAGCCCAAAGCUGCCGAUGAUGCAAUAGAAGAGACCACUCCCGGGCCUGCUGCCGUUGAAGAACCAACGGCCGUUGACGACGCACCGGCGGCUGCUCCCGAAGAGCCUGCUCCCGAGCCUGUUGAAGCUCCUAGGGAGAUCGAGGCACCUGCGCCGGAUCCUGAACCUGAAGAGCCAGCCACAGUUGAGGCCGAAGCACCUCCUCCCGAGGAGACACUCGCAGAACCUGAAGCCGCCCCUGCAGAGCCAGUUGUUGAAGAUCCCGUCCCUGUUGAGGAGCCCGUCUCGGUUGAGGAGCCCGUCCCGGUUGAGGAGCCCGUCCCGGUUGAGGAGCCCGUCCCGGUUGAGGAGCCCGUCCCGAUUGAAGCGCCCGCACCGGUGGAGGAGCCUGCCCCAGUGGAGGAGCCUGCCCCAGUGGAGGAGCCUGCCCCGGUGGAGGAGCCUGCUCCGGUCGAAGAACCCGCCCCUGUUGAGGAGUCUGCUUCUGCUGAUGAACUCGCGCCGGUGGAGGAGCCCGCCGCUGUUGAGGAAACCGCUUCAGUCAAAGAGCCUGCUCCGGUGGACGAGCCCAUCCAUGAAGAGGCAGUGCCUGAGCCGGACCAAUCCAGAGAGAUCCCUGCAGAAGAGCCUGCUGCAGAUCCCGAGCCUGCGCCUAUUGAAACCCCGGCAGAAGCUGCCCCUCACAUCGAGGAUAUUGCGCCGGAGGAGGUCCCAGUCGCAGAGUUUGCACCGGAGGAGCCUGAGGAAUUGCCGGUGGGGGACUCGGCUGCCAGGCACAACUACCGUCGACGAAAGAAGCACCCAGGAGAACGUGAGCGCCGGAAUUCGAAGACGUCAUCAGAAGGACAGAAGAAAGAUCAGCUCAAGCGCCAGAAGAGUGAGCGUAACCUCUUCACUAAUCGGUGGGCCAAGGCCCUGGAAGAAGCUCGCAGGCAACACGAGGAGAAGAAAAAGGCCGAGGCCAAAAAGCAGGCGAUUUCAGCGGACAAGGAGCGCAGUGGAAUUCCACCAUCUGUGAAGUCCGACCAAUCGAAACACUCUGACCGUGUCUCCUCCAAGACAACGGAAAGAACUGAUCUGGUCGAAGUGAAGCCUAAGCGUCGGUCAUCUGAAGCAGAAAAGGCUAAACCUUCUUCAUCCUCGAAGCAAUCGUCGGCUUCGACCGCAAAGCCGAGAGCAUUCCUUCGCUACAUGAACAGUGGGCCCGCUGCCAAUGGACCCAUUGUCCGAGUCAACAGCGUCAAGUCGCCCGCUCCGGCACCUGAAAAGCUGCGUCGAUCUUCAACCAGCCAAAGCCACAGCAGUGGCAAUCGGGAGCGGGCCUCGCAUGAGGAAAAGCGAUCCAGCGGACGGUCCGAAAAGACUCGGUCUCGGCGCGAAGACGAUGCGGCACGGCAGGAAAGAAAAUCUCGACGACGAAGCUCUGAUGAUCCGGAGGCUAUCAAACCUCGGGAUCGUGAGAAGAAGCCCGAGAGCUCUCGCCGCCAGCAUCCGAGUAGCAAAGAGAAAGACGGUCAAUCUCAUCGCCGACGCCGUCGCGAGGAAUCCCCGCCCCCGGAGCAGUCCAAGAUCAAAGGAUUUUUCAAAUCCAUUGCUGUCUACUGA